CCGAAGUACAGAAACCAUAUUUACAGGGGUAUCACAAAGUGCUUGGAUGUAUCAGAAUUGGUCCUAUUUGAAACCUAACAGUUACAUGUGACAGUGCUGCAGCGAUGAGUGGAAUUUUCAAGGGGAAGUUGGAAGAAAUUGAUGGCUCCUUACCCUGCUCCUCUGUGCAGGAAUCCGAUGAUGAAGUUUUUAGCUGUGACAGUGCUGCCAGUGUUGAUAGUGUCAAUCCAUCCACUUCGAAUCAUUUUACUGGAAAAAAUAAGGAGAGAUCAACAGACUGAAAAGAUGUUUUCAGAGGCAUAGCGUCUUCAGGAAGAUACUGACAUUCAUGAGAUCUCAAGGUACAUGUGACAGCACUGCAGCGAUGAGCGGAAUUUUAAAGAGGAAGUUUGAAGAAGUCGACGGCUCCUCGCCCUGCUCCUCGGUUCGGGAAUCCGAUGAUGAAGUUUCCAGCAGUGAAAGUGCUGACAGUGGGGACAGUGUCAAUCCAUCCACUUCUAAUCAUUUUCCCCCUUCCUCCAUCCUCAAAAGAGAGAAGCGGCUGAGGACCAAGAAUGUGCAUUUCAGCUGCGUCACUGUGUACUACUUCACCCGGAGGCAGGGUUUCACGAGCGUGCCCAGCCAAGGCGGCAGCACCCUGGGCAUGUCCAGCCGCCACAACAGCGUACGCCAGUACACCCUGGGCGAGUUCGCCAGAGAGCAGGAGAGGCUCCACCGGGAGAUGCUGAGAGAACACCUCAGGGAGGAAAAACUGAACUCUCUAAAACUAAAGAUGACAAAGAACGGCACUGUGGAAUCUGAAGAAGCGAGCACUCUUACAGUGGAUGACAUUUCUGAUGAUGAUAUUGAUUUAGACAAUACUGAGGUGGAUGAGUACUUCUUUCUUCAACCCCUGCCAACAAAAAAACGAAGAGCACUGCUGCGGGCCUCUGGAGUUAAAAAGAUUGAUGUGGAGGAAAAGCACGAGCUGAGGGCCAUCCGCCUAUCUCGAGAGGACUGUGGUUGUGACUGCCGGGCGUUCUGUGACCCAGAAACGUGUACCUGCAGCCUGGCAGGCAUUAAGUGUCAGGUGGAUCGCAUGUCUUUCCCCUGCGGCUGCACUAAAGAAGGCUGUAGUAACACAGCAGGCAGAAUUGAAUUCAAUCCGAUCCGCGUCCGGACUCACUUUUUGCACACAAUAAUGAAACUCGAACUGGAGAAAAACCGCGAGCAGCCAAUCCCCGCGCUGAACGGCUGCCCCGGGGAGAUAAGCGCGCACGGCAGCGCCAUGGGCCCGGUGGCUCACUCCGUCGAAUACGCUCUCGCGGACAAUUUCGAGAUUGAGACGGAACCGCAGGCCGCCGUGCUGCACCUGCGGUCGGCCGAGGAGUUAGACUGCCAGGGAGAGGAGGAGGAGGAGGAGGAGGAGGAGGACGGCAGCAGCUUCUGCAGCGGAGUCACGGACUCCAGCACGCAGAGCCUGGCCCCCAGCGAGUCCGAGGAAGAGGAGGAGGAAGAGGAGGAGGAGGAGGAAGAGGACGACGACGAGAAAGGGGACAGUUUCGUGGAAGGGCUGGGUCCUCACGCCGAGGUGGUCCCUCUUCCUUCCGUCCUUUGCUAUUCCGAUGGCACCGCCGUCCACGAGAGCCACGCAAAGAACGCUCCUUUUUAUGCCAGCUCUUCGACCCUCUAUUACCAAAUAGAUAGCCACAUUCCAGGAACGCCCAACCAGAUCUCUGAGAACUAUCCGGAAAGAGAGACUGUCAAGAGCGGUACCCUCUCGCUGGUGCCUUACACCAUGACCCCGGAGCAGUUCGUGGACUACGCCCGGCAAGCCGAAGAGGCGUAUGGCGCCUCCCACUAUCCAGCCGCCAACCCCUCCGUCAUCGUUUGCUGCUCCUCUUCGGAAAAUGACGGCGGAGUGCCCUGCAAUAGCUUAUAUCCCGAACACAGGUCCAGUCAUCCGCAAGUGGAAUUUCACUCAUACUUGAAAGGCCCCUCCCAGGAAGGGUUUGUCUCUGCGAUGAAUGGUGACAGUCACAUUUCAGAGCAUCCUGCUGAAGAUCCUUUGAGCCUUGCAGAAAAGAGUAGAUUGCACGAAGAGUGCAUCAAAUCGCCCGUGGUCGAGACUGUCCCUGUUUAGUAGUUUAAGUUAUUCUAAGACCAACUCUUCUCCUAUUUAAAGCACUGUAUUUAAUUGGAUUUCCUGGGCUCGUUGUGGUUUCAACUGAGGACCAAGAAAACUUGGCCCGUGGUGAAGCAUCCAGACUGUAUUUUGUUUUCUCCUUUCUAGCUAUGUGACUGUGCCAUUGCACAAACGCAGUCUCUAUGAGGAUUUUAAAUGAUUUCAGACUGUUUUGAUAGAAAAUGCUAAUUUUAAAAAAAGCAUAUCUCACAGUUGCCUACCUGUCAAACUGUGUGAAACCUGCCAAGCUGUGUAGAUCAGAGCUCCAAGUUUUGGAUUAUCGGGCCUGUGCAAGAUUGUUAACUAAGACUGGGAAAUAAGAUUUAGAGUCCUAAUUUUCGAUAUAUCUGAAGAUGACGGUGACUUUUUAAUGUAAAAGUUAUUAUUGUAAGAAAAAGAUUUAAUUGCCCCCUGUGUAUUUUAUUUAUGGUAGCUAGAAGUCAUGUUCUGAUGAAAACGAACUGCAGCAUGUUCUUUUCAGCUGAAGAUGCAUAGUUAGUACCACCGAGCAUGCCCACAUGGAUUGCCUCUGGAAUCCAUUCACGUUUUUAUGAUCAUGUCUGAUCAGAUUUGCAAAUACUUUCUUAAGGGUGAAAUAGGCCUAUUUUUGCUAUUUUGGACAAACAAAUGAGUCUGUAUGUGCAGGUCCUUACACAGUUUUCUCUAAAGUUAAGAGUUAGGACAAUCCUCUGGUGAGGGCCUAGUUCAUUGCCCUCCCUCAGCUGACUCCAGAGAUGGAGGUAGAAGGAAUUGCCUUUCUUUUUUAAACACAGCAUCAUCUUGGUUCUUAGCUCGGACAGCACCUUCAAACUCUACGCCCCUGCAUCAAAAUGCACUUUAUGCCCCUUCAUGGUAACUUGUGAGGGGUGGGGACUAAGAACUCUUUGAGAUGAAAAAUUAAAAAAAAAAAACACACAUUUUUAAAAUCUGUAACUAUUAUAAGGUUCAUAGAAUUAAAUAGAGGAAUCAAUCCAAUGAUACUUUAUGAAGGAAAAAUGACCUGUUUUCCUUCACCACUCUCAAGACCUAACUGGGUCAAAGCAGAGGAGGCUGAGAAAACAUGGAAGAGACACAGCCUCAGCAACCAGCCUUUUUCUACAGCGUGAUCAAUCCGUCUCUACAAAAAUGAGUGUCUAAUGAAAUUUACACUUAGUGACUAGCUGACUGAAGUGGGGGCCUCUACCCAAAUACUCAACUAGGCCUUACUUUUCUGAAGUAUUUUGAUUUCUCUUGCCUGGGACAAUUAGCAGAACAGUCCAGAAUGCAUUGAAUACUUUCUAAUUACCUCAUGUUCUCUUAUAAAAGGGGACAGAUAGAAAUAAAACAUGCACUCCCCACCUUUAGAUUAUCUGCACUUAGUUCGUCGGAGGACUUCUAAGAUCCUGUUUUCCUGUAAAUUAGUUUAGGUAACUAAAUAGUGUGUUCUAACUUUUUAGUUCCAAUGCAAUAUGACUAUGCUAAAUCUGUUUCAUAUUUUUGACCUUCUAUUGUUAUGUCAUUUCACAUUUUAUGCCUCUUUGAAAUGUGGACAUGCCUUGCUAUUCAGUGACUGCAUCACUACUUAUUUUUUGUCUCUUAGACUUGGAUGUUUAGAAAUAUGGAUAUAAAUACAUUGUAGAUCUCAAGUCCUUAAAAAAUACUAUUUUAUUUCACUGAAUUUAAAAAUGUUUGGUCUAGAGAAAGUCCUCCAAUGGAAGAGUUUCUACUAAGACUUGACUUGGGGAAAACAUGUUUACUUGGCAGCUCUUCCACUGUGCAGUUGGUUACAGCUCCUACUCUACCCCCACAAUGAGCCAACCCAACCUUAGAACCAUUAGUAUUAACAUUAAAGCAGCUUUGGGCUGGUCUUUAUGGAGGUAGCAGUAAUGGGGGCAGGGAUGCUCCUUGAAUGACAGGCCCUUUGGGCUAUUCAGAUUGGGGUUUUGCUCAAAUCUUGAUAGCAUAUCUCAUGUUGUCUGUAAAAUUACAGUUUUUAGUGCUUGAUCUCCAAAUUUUUCCCCCAUCAAUACAAUCUAAAGAGCACAGGCCCAAAGAGAAAAUGACAAGAAACUAUUGUUCCUUCACUUGAGCACAUGAAAAAUCCUCUGUGCCAUAUUGAUUAGGCCAUUGCAAGCCUUGGAAAUAGUUAUGUGUGAAGCACUCAGCUUAUGCUUGGAACAUAGUGCGGCAGAGUGGGGCAGAGGUGUCUCUGUGUAGGAUUGAAGGGUAGAAUGCCAGUCUAGAUUCUGAAAGGAUGGAUAUUUAAUUCAGUUCAGCUUUAUUUUCACAAGAAGGUUGACACCUAGUUGUUUAUGUUGGACUGGGUCUCUGUUUUGUAGCUUCAUUUCCAAAAAUAUGCUUAACCUAGAAACAGGAAAACAAACAAAAAACAACUUUUUCCCCUAUCUGUCUAAUUGGGGUCAAAAGUCACUGCUACCCAGGAUUAACCUUCCAGCCACGAGAGCUUCUGUUCCAAACGUUCAUAUAUAUAUUUAUAACCUAACCCCUCAAUAUUGCCUACAUACACAGAAUACCUAUGAAAACACUUGCACACAUGCCUCCAUCAACACACACAGUAGGUGUAAUACCACACAUCAGAGAAUGACAGAUUUUAGGCCAAUAACGAGUACUAAAUUUUCCCUACCCUAGCAUUUGGUUGGGUUUUAUGAUCUAAAACUGUGGUCUGGAAAUGAAGAUGAUUUUUAAAGCUAUAUUUUAAAUAUACUGGUUCAAAGUUGUAAAUAAUACUAAUGGUGGAAUCAUUUCAUUGUUACUUUUUCCCAGAAAAGCUGAGAGAGCACAGUGUGCCAUUUGACUUUUCUUUUUCCAUUAAUAGAUCGUCUAUUCAACAAAAAAAUGCCCACAUGCCAGGAAGGGCUACAGUUUUUCUAAGCAUUUUUAAAUGGGGACCAAGAGCUGAACACAGCCAGUGGAUUCUUCAGAUCUUUACGCGGAGACACAGUGGCCUGACCUGCAGCUGUUGUAUUCCCCCCGUAGUAUAGCUAGCCAAAUUAUAGUCUUGUUUUGACACACGGCUUAUUAGUCAUUCACUGUCAAUGGCAAAGCUUCAUGCUUUAGUCCCUGUUGUUUUAGCACCAGCCCUCUACCUUUUAUUAGGGUUUAAUUCCCGGUUAUAAUCCAGGCCAGAUUGAUUUGCAAGUCAAGUGGCUGGAGCAGCUUGCAUUUCCUUUGUCAUUCUAGGUUUCCUCUGGGAGAAAGAAAUCAAUCAAAGAGCUUUACUUUUUUCCCUUCUCUUGAUCAUUGAUUAUUUAAGACAUCAGUAAAAUCCAUUUGUCUUCUGUCUUUUGGUUAAUUGAAGAAUAUGGUUACUUUCUGAAAGCCAGUCUUUUCUUUGUGGUGAAACAGCAUUUUUCCCAGAGUGCCAAUCACAUAUAAAAUUUGAAACUAAUACUUACUAAUUAAUUUUAUUAUUAAAGUCUUCAUAAUCGUAUAUAGCCCAGCAAUACUGCCCCCAAUAAAAACAAUGAAUUACAGAAACACUGGUCACACAUUAACAAAGGAAAAAGGAGAUUAUAAAUGAUUAUGUUCUUUAAAAUUUUAUCCUCCGACAGAUGACUUCUAGGCAGAAUUCUGGUUUGGUUGUCAUUAAGCAAGGAAAUGAAUGAUUUAUUUCCUGUUAACUGAUAUAUCACUGAUUCUUUGGUUAAACUUCUGAAAUUGUUGUACAAGUCAAAAUCCUUUGGUCUUGACAUAUUUAGAAUGUGUUUAUCAAUUCUUUCUUUUAACAAAUACUUAUUGAACACCUACUAUGUUAAAGGAACUGUCCUGGGUGGUUAAAAAGAGGGGGAAACACUACAAAUUCUAAGGGAUUAUGAUAAUGAUGAAAAGUGGAAUGAAAUAAUCAAGCCUCAUUGCAGUCCUUUUAAGUUAUGACUUUAUAAAGUGAUGUUAGAAAAAAACGACAUCAAUUCUUGUCUGACUACAUGAAAACUGCAACUAAAAAAGAUACUUCUUUUGCCUAAAUUAGUAGAACUCGCUGGAUCCUCCUACUUCCCUCUCUGUCUGAAAUUUAUGAAUUAAAUUUGGCCACAACUAGAAGAACUUAACCCAAUGAAAAAGAGAUUUUCACAUAAUUGCUUCUUCGGUGUUAGACCUGUGUAAGUUAUAUUAAAUUUAUGCCAGCACUCCUACCAGACAGUUUCAAAGGCAGGUUGACUCACAUAUAACCCAGGAAACCUUUCAGGAAACCUUUGAAGCAGCAAUGUAGAACACCGUCACUCAUUUCUGCUUACAAAGAGCCUAUAAAAUAGCUAAGCUUGAGUUCCUGGUUCCAACAGCAUUGCCUUGCAGCUUGUAGAAAACAGGUCACUCGGCAUCCUUACUUUUAGCCAGGGAUUACAAACCAUUGAAUUAGCAGGUAGAAAAUCGACAUCCUCCAACGUUAAGAGACUGCCUUUUUAAAAGGUGCCACGAGACUUCCGUUUCUCCAAAUACAGACUUAAUCUUUCUCUUCAAAGUGGCAUCUGCUCCUUGUUGUCUCAAGAUAAUUCAGAGUUCAUUAUUGUAGUCGGUGUAUAAAAUACCAACCUUAAAUGGGAACUAGCUUCAUGCUUUCAAAGGCAAGACAACUAUAAUUCAAAACUGGAACUAAGCUAUGAAUUCUUACCAUGACCAACACCAAAAGCUAAAGCCUUAAUCACUCUUAGUUCUAACACAAAUUUGCAACUACUGAUUACCUUAUUCAUUCUGAAAUCUGCUAACUUGUGCUUGAGUUACUUAAAUGCCUAAGCCGAAUGCCACAGCUCUGCGCAAAUAGCACAGCUCAUCAGAUGUUUUCUGUAGCAUUAAAGAAUGUAAUUGACUUAAUUUAACUGAAUAUCAGCAAUUUGAAAACUCACUAGAAUUAUAGGAAUUUUGGGUGUGCUGAGGAUGGACUAUAAGCUUAAUAAGUUAUGGUGUCUCCUAAGAAUCAUAAAGUUUCAGCUGAGCUGAGAAACUAGAAUUUUAUUUUACUAGAAAAACUGGAUUCAUAAAUAGCAACCCCAAACCUAGAAGUUACAGUGUGGACCCUCACAGCCCAGUUGGUGUUCACAUCUGUGACCUACUAUUCCCAUCAAUUAAUCUUCUUAUCUAAAAAUAAUUUGAUGCUUUAAAAAAAAAUAAUAUGGAGCUACAGCAUGAUAAAAAAAACUAUUUUAAAGAUGAAAACACAUUUUAUAUUAAAAAGACUGAUAGAUUCUUGUCAAAAGUCAUGAAUAUGGAAAUGAAAGAGCUCUUUAAUAUUUCACCUGCCAAAUCUGUAUAUUGAAUGUGAUUAUUUAAAACAGUUGUUUCCAAGUUUUAUUUCAACCCUACAGCCCUCUCCUACAAAGGGGAGCAAGAGACUCCUCCCUUUCUAACAAUGCAUGUGUUUUGGUUUUUUUCUUUCUAAUCAGAAAUUCAAAUUUAAAAGCGUGAUGUGAGCUGGGUUUUACUUGAUAAGCAGCCCUGGGGUUAGUCUAACUUUGUGCUGUCUGGAUAGUAAGUGUAAUAAUGCCUUGAUUUCUGUAUCCUGGCAGUGGUGAUUCAAACAGAAUGAUGGGCAGCAGGAAGGUCUGUACAACCAGAUUCAAAACCUAAGCCAGUUCAUUUUUUUAUACAGUUUUUGUAAUCUAACAUAUAGCCUGUGAUUUUAGUAAAUUCAGGUACUUGGUACAUUCAUGGAAAUUGAAUUUCAAAGAUUUAAGUCAGGUUGUUGACGACUUUCUUUCACUUGUGAUAAAUAUAUCACUAUACAGGGUAAUUGUUUUCACUUGCUACUCUACACUUGCUUAUAAUUCAAGAAAAGCCAACUCUAGUGUGUCAUUUAUUUCAUCUCAUAGAAGCUUCUGGCAGAACUGAAGUUUCAAGAAUGUAGAAUUUAUGUUGGACAAUGCUUGUAUUCAGCGUACUAAUGGUGGCAUUCCUUUCUUUGCAUUACUCGUUACCAUGGUGAUAGUCAACUCAGUUCAAUGACUCAUUCUAGUGACGUGUGAGGCCGCUUAAAUAUUUUCAAGCUAAUGUAUAUUGAUUAGAAGGGUUUAGGAGAAGACAAAUUUAUAGUAGAAAUUAGCCUAGCCUUUGUCUAAAUUAAUUUAUAUGACCUGUUUGAAUGACUUCAGUUGUAAUUUUGGAAUACUUCUUUGUUAGGUAUUCUCCUUACUCUUGGGGCUUUCUCCCAGUAUUUUUAUCUGGCUUAGCAGGAUAUUGCAAGUUAUUUAUUAAUGAGUAUUUUUAGAAGGGGAAUUGACUUAGAAAAUAUCUCUUUAAAAAUUGUCUAGGAGCUUCUAUCACCCAAGCUCUUUAUCAAGCUCUCCUGCCGUGCUGGGUAGGACCAGAAAUGAUCUUGUCAGGGGUGUGACCUCCUAAUACAGUUUUGCUGUUGUCUCUAAGUAGGGAACCUAUACAAUAUAAAAAUGAAAUUUCUAACUUUGUAGCAAAAUUUAUCCAAUUUUGUUUUGUUCCUUCUUUUUAUGUUGGCCACCAAGCUUUUCUCCUUAGCCAUAAAAAAAGCGCCUAUCUUUUAAGAAAUUCAAAGAUCUAUAUACCAUUUUGAAAAGAUACUUCUGAAAGAGAAAGAAGAAAUGAAAUCCUUAUCUGAAUUCUUCUAAAAAGGAAAACCCAAAUAUCUAAAACUAUAAUAUAAAUUACCCAAGGUUAGUUUUUGUUUUAUUUUUAAUUUAGUGUUGAUCCUUGAAUGUUUUAAUGAUACCCAAAUGAUUUCUGAAUAUAAUUGAUUUUAAAUUUUAGUAGUUGACAAAGUCAUUUCCUCUGUACCAUAACCAAAUAAGGUCCAUCCACUGCCACAGGUUACUGUCUGUGUCUUGAUUCAUUAGGCACCAGUCAUGCCAAACGGGUAUCUCAGCAUAGUUUCAUCUUUUCAAAGAUACUUAAAAUGGCCAACUGUGUGUGAAUAAUGGAAAGUUUGAGAUUCUUCUGUAUUCUUCAAAUUUUUUAGCCCUGCGGCUCCAGAGGUCAUCUAACUCAUCCAUCUACCUCUAGGGAAGACUGUCACUCAGGCAUGCUCUACAGGAUAGAUACCCAUCUAUUCUUAACAUCUCUGGGGAAGAUGGUUUCCUUAGCAACACAAUCCAGUUCUUUUAGGCUUUUCUCACAGUAGGAAAAUGUCUUGGCCAGUCUUUGUGAACUAGGCACCUGGCAACAGAUGUGGUGAUUUAGGCCAUUGUCCUGGGAGCCUCAGAAAGUCGGAUUUCCCUUACCUUUGAUAUUUGUUACAUUUGAUGAUUCCCUAAGACUCCUAAGAAAUCAGAGUUUUAAAAAUAAAGAUGUGGAUACUGGGACAAUGUUCAGUAACAUGACCUGCUCGUGACAAAUAUUGCUAUAGUUUUUGGUUUAUUUUUAUCUUCUUUUUUGUUUUGCCAUUGCUAUGAUAUCAGGAAAAGUGACUGUUUCAGAUCCCCAGUGACAGAUAUCAGAGCUAGAAUCAAGUGACUCUGCUUUUAAACUGCUCAAUUUUCUGAGAAGUUACAGUUACAAAAAGGGAGCAUUUUCUCCCUUCUUGCUUCCAAAUAGGUACUUUCUCAUUCAUCUUUCUAUUCCCUAAAAUGACAAAGGAGAAUCUCUAGUUUUCCCACUUUUUCUGGGGAAUGGACUGGCGGUGGAGAGUCUGGUGUGGGAUAGAAUGACUCCAGAGAAAAUACUCAGCCACCAUUUGAUCCCAGCCUUUGUCCCCAUGUUCUGGAAACAGUGGCUGCUUGCCUUCUCAGGGUUCCACACAAUGAUUUAAAAAUGUGUUGUCCUGACAAGGCCUGAAAACAGAAGGAGGAGUCCAGGAGGGUGGUGAUUUUUUUCUGAUUACAUCACUUGAUCCAAGCACCCCCUGCAGAGAGCUUUUUCUGUUUGUUCAGAGUUGCCUCCAGCUUGGAGUUAGAACUAGCAGGAAAAUAAGGAGCACCCUGGAAAUCAAUGUCUCCUCUCUCUAUGGGAUUUUUUCCAGUCUAGGUACAGCUGCUUAACUCCCCCAACUCAGAUGAUCUUAUGAAAUGACAGCCACAUCCAUGUGGUUGCUCCCCAUAAAUAACAUUAGGGGAAAUAACCUUUUUUUGCUUUAAAAAAAAAAAAAAAAAACCAACCUAUAGAUUGCUUAUGUAAAGAAUGUUGAAUCAUUUGGCCCAUGUUUUAAUUGACUCUAGACACCUCUAUGGAAAUAAGUCUGAGGCGUAGUUUGUGAAACAUGUUUCAAAAGUGUUUGAUGUAAAAUAAAUGCUAGACAUUUACAGUACAGAAAUAGUUUUUAAAAAAAAAAUGUAGAUUACAACUCUGUUCCUAAGAACCUCAGCCUUUAUCGUGUCUUAGUAAAGCUGAUCUGCUUUCAUUUUAGUUUAUUGCAUUUCUGGUGUAAUAGCCUCUUAAGAUAGAACUAUUAAUACAUAUGUACUGGUUAAUGCCUGUUAAUGCAGAAAAUGGCACUUUGUUAUUUCAAUGUGUUUCCCUCAGUGUCACAGGGUAUAACAGUUUAAUAGGAAAAGGUCAUCUGACAUUGGUCAAAAAUGCAUUCUCCCCAUUUAAAAUGUGUAUGUAUAAUUGGUUGCAUAGGCAAAUGUCACCUUUUGCAGUAUCUUUAUCUUGAUCAUAGUCUUAGACAUCAACUGUGUGUCCACUUUCCAGCUGCCAUAGAAAUUUGGUACAUUUGCAAAUUCUGGUGAAAUUUUGUAAGCUGAAUGUAAUGGUAGAGCAAAUGAUCCAAAGCACUUGGGUGUUAUCCUUCAGUCUACAUUGAACCAUUCGGACAUUGGGAAUGGUCUUUACACAAGGGAAGUCUUUUGAGAGUAUUUGUGGGGUUUUUUGUUUCUUAUCUGUUGGAUUUCUGGCAAAAAAAAAGUAAUCUAAACACAGUGGGAUCAAUUCACCAUAUAACAUUUUCUAUAUUGUGAUUGGUUUUAUCUUUUUGUUGACUCCUAUUAUGACCUUUACUCAAUUUCAACAAUAUUUCAAUAGAUACUUUAUUACUGUUAUGCUCAAUAUAAUCACUUAGAAAGGUUGACAGGAAGAAAAUCAAACUACAAUUCAUACAUCCCUUCACUUUACACUAAGACAUCAUGUUGUAUGUCACAUAGUUUCCAGAUUGAUUUCUCUUGUGUAUAAGUUAUAACAUCAAAGAUGCCAAAGGGUAUAUAAAAUAAGCUACAGUAAUAGUCAACAGAACUUAACCUGGACCUUAUGUUGUAAUAAUUUAUUCAUAUUAGCUGUAGUCUUCUGUAUUUAUAUUUUCAGUAUUUAUUAUGAAUGACAUGGAAAUUCGUGUAUUUAUUGUGGCUUUUUAUUGCAGUGUGUAUAUAUAUAUAUAUAUUACAAAUAAGCAUUUUUAAGUCUUAUCCUUAAGUUUCUUUUACUAGUGGCACUUGUAUUAUGCUGUACUUUUUAUUAUAUAUUGUACAAAUAUCUUGUCCAUUUGUUUGCAGCAGAGUAAAACCAGUUUCUAAAUUGUA